AUGCUCUCGACCUCUUCCCCAAAGAGAUGGGCAUGGAUCAAGAUCGUCAAGGAUUGCCACAAUCCCGUCCCGGCCGCACUGCCUAGACCGCCCCGGUCCGAGCUCUAUCAGACCCGUCUGGCUGUACUUUCAAGGGUUUGCAAGCUGUUCCAAACCCUUUGUCUUCCCCCUCUAUACAAAUCGGUCGUGACUGCCAACCUCACCCGCUUCCUGUCCCCCAUCCACACCGCAUCCCGUAGGGAAGCCUUCGCUCUCAUAGAGCACCUCUAUGUCGAGUAUCCCGAGGAUGGCCAAGUCGAACCUCCCGUCGCCCUGCUCGGGCAGCGACAGCACAUCACCGUCGCCUCGCGGGGGAAACGGGCGGCCAGAGCGCACGAGGCGGAGCAUGUGGGGAGUCUGGCGCAGAGAGUCCGCAGCAUUUCGUCGGCCCUAGAAACACAUCUCAAGUGCGAAGCUCCUCGCGGCUCGCAGCCAUCUACCCUCUUCCCUCGACUAAAGACCGUCGCGGUCUGCUCAAUUUACGGUCGACACUCGGACAAAUGGGGCGAAGAUACGGAACAUCAUCCCGAUCUCGUCCAGUGUCGCCUCCUCUGGGCUCGCUUCCUCUCGGUCCAUAGAGUUGGGCACUGCUGCUAUCGGGACGUCAACGGGCCGCUCGGACUCCCCGAGAUGGAGGACGAGCUGUACGAUCCCAAGGGAUACUACUCGUCCCCUAUCUUACACCUGGGCGGAUCGGUCGAUCGCUCAGAGCUGCGGACACCGCCGGGCGUACCUUUUCGCUGGGUCGCGGACAUGACAGCAGGAAAAAGCUGGGAGGAGCUAUUCCGGCUCUUGGCCUCGGAGGUCUUCAUCAGAGGGAGGAAGCGGAAUCGGAAGGACACAUUUGUGGACAUGCCGGAAUGUCUUUUUCGAGCCGACAUCUACUGCUCGAGUGGCGCUGUCGUUCUACCUCGCGCCGGCCUCAACCUCGGCUUACCCAGCUCGCUCAGGCAAUUAAUAGAUGACAAUCUCGCCGCACUACCUACCGGCGGUAAAUUAUCGGUCGAGACUCAACGCGCGAUAACGACCGCGAUCGGGGAGGACUUGCAGGCUCGAACGCGUGCCGAAGGCUGGGAGGAGUUCCAGGAUGAGGUGCGGUGGCACGCCUCGUGCGAUGCACCAAUCUGUGAGGCGUGCGGGUGGCAUCCGGUGUCCACGGCGGACGAGCCGUGGUUUGGGGAGUCGGGGGAGGGGGAGUCGCGGAGGGUGGACACGGGGAAAUCGGACGAUCCCUAA